AAACCCAAAAAAAAAAAAGAAAAAGAAAAAAAAAAGGCACGAAUUAGGAAUAUGCGGGAAAGAAAGCAACGCCAUUUCCGUUGUCAUUUUUGUUGUAGGCAGAGAAACCGAUACUUCGAAUUUUCCAGGGAAGCAAACAGGUAAACAAAGAUUGCAAAGGGAGAAAAGAAAAAAAAAAAUGUGAUACCAAAGCAUACAUAGAAAGUUAGGAACCGAUUAGCUUUUUCAUCUUUCGGUAGAGAAAUUUUUUUGUUCCAUUUAGCUCUCUGCUAAUUAAUCAUGGGAGAGACAUCAGACUCCAUUGUGGAUGAAAGAAAGGAGCUCAUAGCUUCAUUCUCUGGUAAUGGUACCCCCGUUUUCAGAACUGCCCAUUUUCUCAAACCCUCUGUAACUUCCAUUGAUGAACCCCUGGAGCUUCUUUCAGUUUCUCGCUCUUCCAUGCCACCCAAGUUUGAGCCCAGAGAGUGGGCACUAAAAAUCAACCUCAAUGGAUGGAGAAACCCUACAAAGGAUUGGACAAACUGGGUUAAUUUCAUGCACUCCAAGUAUCAAGCAAAGUGGAAAGAAGCAGGUAUCUAUGAAGCAAUCAUGAAUUCCACGUUUGAAUUGCAUAAGGACGAAAAACUGGUUUUGGGUAUUGCUGAGAGGUGGUCUCCUGGGACUAAAACAUUCCAUUUUCCUUGGGGUGAAGCAACAAUCACUUUGGAAGAUGUCAUGGUUCUAGGUGGUUACUCUGUGUUGGGGGACUCUGUUUUAAGCCCCCUUAAAACCACACAACUGAAGGAAAUACAUGAGAAAUUGAAUCAAGCUCGAUUUCAAAUUUCCAAAAGUAGGUCUAAUAAAGCCAGUCAAUCGUUAUGGAUGAAGAUGUUCAUGGGGAGUGGAAGUGAAAUCGAGCACGAGGCUUUUCUGGUAACUUGGCUGUCAAUGUUCGUUUUUGCUAAUACUGUUACCAAGUUGAUUAAUAAGCUUGUUUUCCCUAUUGCUAUUCAUCUUGCUAGAGGAAAAAGAAUAGCUUUGGCCCCGGCUGUUCUUGCUACCAUCUAUAAAGAUUUGAAUUUGUUCAAAGAAGCCCUUGUUUAUUCGCCCAAAUCUAAUAGGUGUAAUAAUGGAAGCUUCUCGUUGGAGCUCAACCUUUGGUCACCACUUCAGCUGAUUCACCUCUGGGCAUUGGAGAGGUUUAAAGCGCUGCAGCCUAAGCCUAAUUUUAUCAAGCGUGGUGAACCCUUCUUUGCUAGAUGGCACAAAGUCAAAGGCUUGAAACUUGGGGAUGUAAGAUUGGCUCUAGACUCGUCUGGAGAGAGUUUUCAAUGGCGCCCAUAUACAAAAAAAGUAGUUUACUGGAAUGGUUGUAAACUGUUUGGAGAAAAGGCAAUGUGGGUGCCAGUUGGUCCACAGUUGGAUGAACAACAAGAGUUACUUGCUCGGUGCUUGAGGGUCUCCAAGCUAGUUGGAAUUGAUUGCAUAGAACAGUAUCUCCCUCAUCGAGUUUCAAUGCAAUUUGGAAUGGAUCAAGACCUUCCGGGUAGUGUUUCUCAAUCCAUUGAGACUCCAGAGGUUGCUUGGACCAAUUUCAGCAAGCCAAUUGGUGGGACAAAACUGUAUAUUCCUUCGCAGCAUUUUGAGGCAGGUGUUACUGUCCGCUACUUGGACUGGAAGAAAAAUUUUCAAGAUGAAACUAAGGAGGGUAAAAAACCUAGAAGAUCAUCCACAGAGAAGAAUAUGGAGAUGGUAAAAGUACUGCAUAAGGCUUCAAAAGGAGAGAUUAAUGGAGGUAACAAUGACGAUUUUCCACCUGGUUUUCCUUCCAAGAGUAAGACAGCUAACAAAUCAGGGAAGUCUCUUCAUGUAAAACCAGAGCUUGUUGAAAUGAUGAGUUCUAAUAAUAUGCCUUGCAGUCUUGGCAAGAGGCCAGUUUGUGAUGGUAAGAAUUUGGGUCAUUCUCGAAGCUUAUCAUCUUCUAUUGCAGAUAAUAAAUCUUCUGGAGAUAGCAUUGAUAAAGGUUCUGGAGAUAGCAAUGAGAAUAUUCAGCCAGCUUUUCCUCCCACGGGUAAAACAGCUGAUAGAGCAGGGAAGUCUCUUAAGAUAGAACCAGCAUUUGUCGAAAUGAUGAAUUCUGACAAUGAUGGUAAGAAUUCGGGUCAUCGUCCAAGUUUCUCAGAUUCUAUAGCUCAUACUAGAGCUUCUGGAGAAAAGAAGUUGCUGUCAGAAUCAGUAGAAAGAAUUAGACAGAGUGAAGGCUCCAUGGAAGGGUUAAAGAUAACCAGGAAUGAUGUAAAUGGAAGGAAUUCUGGGAAUCUGGAUUCUUGUACAGUGAGCAAUUACAAUAGCAACAGUGAAAGAAAUAGACAAGAACAUUUGGAAUUUGAAGCUCGGAUUAGUAGGCUGGAGAGGGCUGUUGCUAUGAUGAGGGCAGCAAUGCCUGGCAAGAGUAGGCUGGUCUAGCCAGUAGUAAGACCAUUUUCUUUGCCCCAACUAUAUGCCGUAUACAUUAUAUUGAUUUAGUGUAUUUGGAUAUUAAUGAAGUUCAUGUAGUGCUGUUGUGUUUUUUAAGUUUUGGCUAACAACUUCUGCUUUUGUGUCAACUUAUUGUCCAAAUGGAACUUCUACAACAAUGAAUACGGUUUCUAUGUAAAACAGUUUCUCAUAUAUUUUAAGGUUCUGAGCCAAAUUCCUGCAUAAUGAGAAUCAAUAAUAAAAUUA